AUGCCAACGCUAUUGAAAAAUAAGUAUGAAGAUGGCUUCUUCAAUGAAUUCUUGGUCAAACAAGACAACAUCUCAAGAGAAUUUGCUAUACAUCAAUGCGAAAAAGAGUCGUUAUCGAUCCUCAAAAGGAAAAGAUUAAACUUGGAUAUACAAGAGAACAAAUUUCCGAACUGGUGUUUAAAUCAAACACAGCCUGUUACUUUGAACACCUAUCCACUCUCUAUCUCUACUGAUGAUUCAUUUACAUCAUGUUGGGUUGAAAUGCAUUGUCCAAAUGUCGAAGUUUUAGUUCUUAAUCUCUCUUCAUCAACUUAUGCAUUACCGAACUUCAUUGCUACGAUGAAGAAACUGAAAGUUGUGAUGAUCAUAAAUCAUGGUUUUGAACUUACAAAGUUGACCAAUCUGUCUUGUCUCAGCUUAUUACCAAACUUGAGACGGAUCAGAUUCGAGAAAGUUUCAAUCACUUUGCAUGACAUUCCCAAACUUCAGCUCAAAUGUCUUGAGAAGCUAUCUCUUUGGUUGUGUCAUUUUAAUGAUGCUCCCAACGAGUUAGAAGACUUAGAAGUUGAUGUUACUGAAACCCUACACAGCUUACAAGAAAUCGAAAUAGAUUAUUGUUAUAAUCUUAUUGAAUUACCACACUGGGUCUCUCAAGCUGUUUCACUUAAGAAGCUUAGCAUCACGAACUGUAACAAGCUAUGUAGACUCUUAGAAGGUAUGGGAAACUUGAGGAACCUUGAAAUGCUGAGACUGAUUUCCUGUAGUAAUAUCUUUGAGCUUCCUAAAACCAGCGAGAAACUCAGCAAAUUGCGGUUGCUAGAUGUUUCUGGAUGCUUUCAACUGAAAAGGUUGCCUCUAGAGAUUGGGAAGUUGCAGAAACUGAAGACGAUUUUGAUGAGAGAUUGUUACCGUUGUGAGUUGCCAGAUUCAGUGAAGAACCUAGAGAAUCUAGAGGUGAGAUGUGACGAAGGAACUGUUUUCUUAUGGGAGAGAUUCAUCAAAAUGAAGAAUCUGAGAAUCACUGAAGAGGAAACAGAGCAUAACCUCAACUUGCUUCAAUUGUUCUAA